AUGGAAGAUGAUGCUACUGCAUUGAAUACUUCUUUGAAGAAUAUUGUUUAUAAGUUAGAUCUGAAUAAAUUAAAUGCUGAAUGUCAACGAUGGGCUUUUGCGAAUGGUUUUGUUCAAUACUAUUUUACACAGAAUGAUGAUUUAAAUAAUGAUUCUAAUGUUAUUCCUUAUCCAUUUACAAUUUAUCCAUCGCCAUAUUCACGUAAUGAAUAUGAAAAAGCAUGUCAAAUUCAAUAUGGAAUCAAUAAACUUAUUCAUCGUCUUGCUAUUGAUAUUAAUUUAAUGGAUUCAGUUUUUCAAAAUUUGAUUGAAUGUGAUCCAUUUAUAAGACGAUUACGAAAUAUUUACAAUCAUAUUCAACAAUUGCCAUAUAAAAAUGUUGCUGAAACAUGUAUUAUUCGAACAGAUUAUAUGUUACAACAAAUGAAUACAUUAACUGACAAAACAAAACUUCGUUUAAUUGAAAUAAAUACUAUUUCUAUUGGUCUUGGUGCAGCAGCUAAAUUGAUGCAUUCAUGGCAUAAAAAAUUCUUAACACAAAUACGACCUGAUUUAGUAUCACAGUUACCGGAAAAUGAAUCACAUGAUAUUAUUAUUGAUACUUUAUUUGAAUCAUGGAAAAUUUAUAAUAAACCAAAAGCAAUAAUUCUUCUUAUUAAAACUGAACGAGAAUUCAAUAUCGGUGAUCAAAUGUUAAUUGAACAAGGACUUCUAUUACGUGAAUCAUCGUCAUCACUUCUUGUUAAACAAGUUACAUUUAUUGAUGUUUGUCAAAAUUGUUCUCUUAAUCCUGAAGGCAUACUUUAUUUUAAUGAUUUUGAAGUUGCAGUUGUCUAUUAUCGAUCAGCUUAUGAUCCAAAACAUUUCUAUAACGAGAAGAUUUGGCAAGCAUAUAUCAUGUUAGAAUCAUCUCGCGCUAUUAAAUGUCCUAGUUUACGAUAUCAUUUAGCUGGAAUGAAAUGUUUUCAAUUAGCAUUAAUGAAUAAAACAUUUUUAAAAGAAGUUUUUCAAGAAAAUGAACAAUAUAUUAAAGAUUUACAAGAUAUUACAGAAGAAAUGUUUACAAUUGAUCAGGCAGUCAAUGAUCCACUUGUACUACAACGAAUACUCGACACACCCGAGUCAUUUUAUUUGAAACAAAGUCGAGAAGGAGGUGGAAAUGUUUACUGUGGUUCUAAGCUUAAAGAACGUAUUGAUCAAAUUAUUACUGAUAAACAAUCAAAUCGUUAUUUUCUUAUGUCACGUAUAUAUGCACCGAUUUAUUCCAGUUUAAUACGUUCAUCUAUAACUAAAAAUAAUGAGAAUAGUUUAUGUGAGAAAGAAAUCAAUGGAGAAUUAGGUAUAUUUGGUAGUUUAAUUAGUCAAAAUGAUACGGUGAUUUAUGAGCGAAUGGGUGGUUCUUUAUUUCGAAGUAAACCAACAAUAAAUAUUGAAGGUGGAAUUGCAUCUGGACAAGGAUUUAUUGAUUCAAUAUUACUUGUUUAA